AUGGCUUCCAAGGCCAUGUGGGAGGUUGACCCCGAGACUCGGUCCAAGUUGGCUGCUCUGCAAAAAGAGUCCAAGAACAAUGUCUGCUGCGACUGCAAUGCCCCGUCGCCACAGUGGGCGUCGCCAAAGUUUGGCAUCUUCAUCUGCCUGAGCUGCGCUGGAGUCCACCGCGGGCUCGGCGUGCACAUCUCCUUUGUGCGAAGCAUAUCCAUGGACGCCUUCAAGGCCAACGAGAUUGAGCGCAUGCGGCUGGGCGGCAACGAGGGCUGGAGGAAAUUCUUUGAGGAGCACGAGGAUACGCAGAUGAGGGGCCUCACCUGGGACGACGCCACGAUUGCAGAGCGAUACAGCGGCGAGGUUGGCGAAGAGUGGAAGGAGAGGUUGACGUGCAAGGUGGAAGAGCGAGAAUACGUGCCCGGAGAGAAGAAGCCCGCUGCCGCGCAGGCAUCCCCGGCGGCGGCAAAGUCGGGGGCGCGCACAAGCACACCCCUCGGUGGAACCGCGAACCGAAGCCAGAGUCCCUCGCAGGGAGGAAAGGUCAAGGUAGACGACAAGUACUUUGCCAAGCUGGGAGCCGACAAUGCCUCACGGCCUGCUGAUCUGCCACCGAGCCAAGGUGGAAAAUAUGCUGGGUUUGGAAACAUGCCGGCCUCGAACACGUCGAGCCAGGGAGGAAUGCCCAUGUUUGACGAUUUACAGAAGGACCCCAUGGGUGCCAUUACCAAGGGAUUCGGCUGGUUUGCGUCUACAGUGACGAAGACGGCCAAGACGGUGAAUGACGGAUACAUUCAACCCACUGCGAAGAGCAUUGCUGAGGGUGACUUUGCCAAGCAGGCCCAGCAAACGGCUGCACAGCUCGCCAAGCAGGCCCAGCUUGCGGGUAAAAACGCUCAAGAUGGCUUCAACAGAUUUGUCGAAGGUCCCGACGCUACCAAGAGAAACGCGCCGCUGGAUGCCAGCCGUAAAGACUUUUGGGACGACUUCUCCAGCCUAGCAGACCAAAACAAGCAGAACAAUGCUAUCGGCACAAGUGCUAUUGGUAUGGGGAAGAAGUCGUCGGCUCCUGGAGCCCCGGCGCCGAAGCCCAAGACUGGCGAUGAGUGGGAUGAUUGGUAA